CAACAACCCCACACUUUCCUAUGUCUCCUCUUUUCCUCCUAUAUAUAUAAAUCAGCUAAUAGCCAUCAGUACAUUCACAUUCAUUCUGUUUAUAGCACACCUACUCAGAAAUACCCACAAAGCACAAAAAAAAAUAUAUUCUCAUUUUGUUCAAAAUUUAUCCCAUUUUCAAUUCUUGGUUCCAAAGAUUCUUGCAUUUGAGGAUUUUAAGGUCUCAAUAAGCUAUUCAAGAUUCAAUUUUGAAAUCGUAUGGGGUUAUCCUUUUCGCGCCCAGUUGCCUCUCAUAGUGAUUCGGAAAUUGGCCUUGAUUCUAUCAUUGUGAAAUCUAUUGAUUUUGGACACGAUGAGCGGAAGACACCAUUGCGGUCAGUUAGCUUCAAGAGCCAAGAUACAGAACCAACAAUAUUGCAAUCAGAUGGCUCCGGAAGGAUGUUGAUAGAAAAAACCGUCAGCUUUAGGACAAUGGGAAGAGCAAUGGAGUUAAAGAAAACUUCAUUAGAAGAGAAGCACGAUUUUAGUGAGUUUCGGAGGUUAGGAAGCAUGAAUGGAGAGUCUCAAAAAUCUCCUCUAGCAUAUACUAGCAGCCCCAAACAUGAGGCAGCUUUAAAGUUGCAGAAAGUGUACAAGAGUUUUAGGACUAGAAGAAAAUUAGCAGACUGUGCAGUACUUAUAGAGCAAAGCUGGUGGAAGCUACUAGAUUUUGCUGAACUCAAGCAUAGUUCUAUUUCAUUUUUUGAUCUUGAUAAACACGAGACAGCAGUUUCUCGUUGGUCGAGGGCAAGAACUAGAGCAGCCAAGGUUGGCAAGGGAUUAUCUAAGAAUAGCAAAGCCCAGAAACUAGCUCUACAGCACUGGCUUGAAGCUAUCGACCCACGACAUCGUUAUGGACACAACUUGCAUUUCUAUUAUGUCAAAUGGUUGCAUUCUCAAAGCAAAGAGCCCUUCUUCUACUGGUUGGAUAUUGGAGAAGGAAAAGAAGUGAAUAUUGUUGAUAAAUGCCCUCGAUGGAAACUUCAGCAGCAGUGCAUUAAGUACCUUGGUCCGAUGGAAAGAAAGGCUUAUGAAGUUGAGGUAGAAGAUGGGAAACUCUUCUACAAGGAAACCGGGAAGCUCCUUGACACGACUGAUGAACCGAAAGGCACUAAGUGGAUUUUCGUCCUCAGCACCUCGAAAACCUUAUACGUUGGCAAGAAAACUAAAGGCACAUUUCAGCACUCUAGUUUCUUGGCUGGAGGAGCUACAUUAGCUGCUGGGAGAAUAGUUGCAGAACAAGGAGUAUUGAAGGCUGUCUGGCCUCAUAGUGGACAUUACCGACCUACCCCAGAAAAUUUCCAGGACUUCAUUUCAUUCAUGACAGAGAAUAAUGUCGACCUCAAUGAUGUUAAGCUUGACUCUGAUGAAGACGAGGAAGAAUCGAUUGGCAAGAAGAGUGGCGUUUUCCUCAGAGGUGACUCUUCUGAGGAUGACUUACAAAAAGAUGUGUUGGAGACAGAAGAGAAUGAUCUGGAAGAGUCAACUUCAGAGAAAAGAGACUUAAAAGUUCAAGAGCAGGCUGCUGAUAUACAACUUUCCGAUUCAAAACCAUCUCAUAACUUCAGUAUCAAAUUGCCUAAUCUUCAAAUUCCCCGGAAUGAUGAUUUCUUAGAGAAAUUAAAGAAUGAAAGUGAAGCUGCUAAAUCUAUUUCCAACUUAGAAUCACCAAUAGACGGGUAUGAAACAGCAAGAGAAUUGUUUGCUCCCGAACAAGAUCAAAUGGAUUUAAAACACAGCUCUUCUGUUGAUGAACUUGAUGAAAGUAAAGAGGAGAUAAUUCCAGACGAAUCUAUCAUCCACAGGAUAAAUUCACACAAGGAUCUUAAAUCGUAUCAGUUGGGAAAGCAACUGUCUUGCAGAUGGAGCACAGGAGCUGGACCUCGAAUCGGAUGCUUGAGGGAUUACCCCUCACAGCUGCAAUCCCAUGCUUUAGAACAAGUGAGCUUGUCCCCGAGAAGUGCUUGCCGUCUCAAGAUGAGCUUCCCUUCAAGGGCAUCAACGCCAACGAGCUUGAGCCGGGUAAUGCAGCUUUCCUGUUCCCUUUCUCCUAUGGGGAACAAAACUUUAUCUUGUCUCAGUAGCAAAUAUUCCUCUCCACCACAUAAAGGACCCUAACUUCAAUUAUUCAUUUGAACUAGGAUUAGUUUUUUUUUUCUUUCUUUCAUUAGUCUGUUCUUUCACUGUGAAUAGACAAAAUGACAUAGAGAUUCUUUCCUUUAUUCUUUUCAUAAGAAUUCUUCCAUAGUUUUUUUUUCCUAUUCAACUGUACACAUGUUUUGUUCGUCCUAGUGGUAGAUUGCAAUAUGCAAGUUGUAAAAAUUUUGAGUUCCAAUACUUGUUUGUAACUGGAAAAGCAAGAAAUGAGAAACAGAAAAAAGAAAAGAAAUCAUUCAUUCUUUA